GUCGCUCCUUCAAUAACAACAGCUAUUCAGACACCUCGGUAGCUUUCUAGCAAACAUAGCUACAACAUUCACGUUAUUUACACUGUUUUGGUGUAUAUUAGUCGAUGUGUAUUAAACACACUUCUGUUGUAUGUACUUGUUGGCCCAUUUAAUUAUAUAUUUACGUUGUUUGUCAGCUAGCUGGUUUGUUAAGUUAGCUUAGAUCUAGGCUACUCUCUAAUGCUAGAUAGCUAACAUCUCCGACCAUGAGUUCACUAAGCUACUCUCCUCCUGCUAAAGAGGAGGUCGUCUGCUGGACUGAGAAAGAAGCUCUCGUGAAAGAGGAGGAGGAAGAGAAAGAUGUCACACUACAAAAACAAGUAGAGGGUGAGGCUGUUACCGUGAAAGAAGAAGAGAAAGAUGUUUCAGUGAAAGAAGAGGAAGACGCGUUCAGAGUGAAAGAGGAGGAUAUUACAGUAAAAGAAGAAGAGGAAGAUAAAGAGGAGGAUUCAGUUUUUGGAGUGAAAGGGGAGGAGGGGGAGAUGUCUGUCACAUUGGAUGAGGAAGAGGAGGUUGGAGAUCUGUUUAACACCAGAGAGACACGGGACUAUCGUGGAUCCUCUUGGGAGGCUCAACAACAUCAUGAUUCUGACGAGGCAGAGAAGAGUCUCUUCAGAUCAGAACUCCUCAAGAAACACCAGCAGAGACCCACAGAGAAGAAAUCUCAUUGCUGCUCUGACUGUGGGAAAAUAUUAAACUCUUCACCAGACCUUAAAAUACAUCAAAGAAUUCACACUGGAGAGAAACCUUACGGCUGUGAUCAAUGUGGGAAGAGUUUUUCUCAGCUAAAAACCCUGAAAACACACCAGAGAAUACACACUGGAGAGAAACCUUUUGGCUGUGAUCAAUGUGGGAAGAGUUUUUCUCAGCUAAAAACCCUGAAAUCACACCAGAGAAUACACACUGGAGAGAAACCUUUUGGCUGUGAUCAAUGUGAGAAGAGUUUUAUUUGGCUGCAAACCCUGAAAACACACCAGAGAAUACACACUGGAGAGAAACCUUACGGCUGUGAUCAAUGUGAGAAGAGUUUUACUCAGCUAAACAACCUGAUAGUACACCAGAGAACACACACAGGAGAGAAACCGUAUAGCUGUGAUCAAUGUGGGAAGAGUUUUUCUACAUCUAGCUAUUUAACUAUACACCAGAGAAUACACACUGGAGAGAAAUCUUUUGGCUGUGAUCACUGUGGGAAGAGUUUUAUUUGGCUACAAUCCCUGAAAUCACACCAGAGAAUACACACUGGAGAGAAACCUUUUGGCUGCGAUCAAUGUAGGAAGAGUUUUACUCAGCUAAACAGCCUGAUAGUUCACCAAAGAACACACACAGGAGAGAAUCCGUGUUGUGAUCAAUGUGGGAAGAGAUACUCUGAUAAAAGAUCUCUGAUUAAACAUCAGAAAAUACAUGAAGUAGUUGUUUCAUGAUACAUGAAGUAAUUGUUUCAUGAUAUCAAUGAAAUAAUGUCACAAUGUAGAAUGUUUUUAAUAUUGUGGAAGUAUUUUAAUAAUGUCACAAUAUAGAAUGUAUUAACAUUGUAGGAGUAUUUUAAUGAAUGUCAGAAUGUAGAACCAUAAACAUUUGCCCAAUGUUCAAUUGAUUUUAGUCUCAGGGGAAAAAUCCAGGCUUCUUAAUUGAAAGAGUACUAUUUAUGAGAUUCAACAAAAUGUGACUAACAAAAAUAGAGUUGUGUUACAUUUACCACAUUGGUUACCCACUUGAAUCAAAAUGCAACUCUUCAAUGUUUAGGUUUUCAAUAUAUCCCAAACUGUUUCUGCAUAUUGGUUAUUGAUUUGGACACAUUAAAACUAUGUUUUGACAUUGCGCAAUUCUCACCUACCAAAAUGUAAUUCAAAAGACAUUGAAAAGAAGACUAUGCCCGACGUCCAAUUUCUGUUCGGUUGUAAGUUGAAAAUGAAAGUUGAAAAUAUGUAUUUUCGGGUCGUUUUUUCAAUGAUUUGAAAACAACUUAAUUUCAAUGUACUUGCAGCCUAUACACAUGGAUGCAGUAUAAUCAAUUGGUCUAUAAUGAAUUUUAUUAACAAUCUUACAUCACUCCAUUAUUUCUUUACAACAUCCAAGUGCUAACUGUCUUUAUUCCACUACUGAAGAAGCAUGUCUCAAAUCACCUAGUCACAUUUCAAACAUCCAGCCUGACAAAAGAUACAUUUUAUUAUUCCAUGCCUCACCACUAAGUUAAUUAUUGCCAAUACAUAUUAACAAAGGGGUGUACAUUUGGUUUUGAUAUUUCAUAUUUACAAUUCAUGUAACAUUUAGUAAUAAUUAUUUAUGCAACCAACUGACAAUUGUUGGGUACAAUUAUAUUGACAUUGAUCCCUGAUAGUCUAAAAGCAAGAUAACAUUCUCAGAUGUGCCAACCCAAAUGAACUAGAGCAUGACAUUGGGGACUGGGCCCAGAUCCAACAACAUGCCUAUCGAGUGAACCCUGAAAAAAGAGAGAAGCUCCACAGUGAGGUGGAAAGUUACUACGGAUAUCGCAGGAGUUUCCUCUUGAAAUCAGACAUGUCUGUGGUAAGGUCAACUUGCUUGCUGAUUGUCUCACGAGUCGGCAGUCCAAUUUUUUUUUUUUUAACUGCACUGUUGGUUAGGGGCUCGUAAGUAAGCAUUUCACUGUAAGGUCUACACAUGUAUUCAGCGCAUGUAACUAAUACAAUUUGAUUUGAGUUUUGUUUGGGCUCGUUCCAAGGGGACGAGAGUUCUAGAAGCUAGUGAGUUUUAGGAAGACAAGAGUUCUAGAAGCUAGAGAGUUCUAGAAGAGUUUUAGGAUUCUAUAGAAAGAAAAAGGAGAAAAUAAUGAUACGAUUGUAUUUUAUUAUUUAGAAAUACGUGUUUUUUCUUGUUUUUAGUUGUUGACAGCAAGUAGACACCAUGUUUAUAUUGGUGAAUCAUUGUAGUUGAUAAUAAUGUGAAAUGGAAGUUGUUUUCUGUUGGUGGUGAGCAAACUUGUCCAACAAAUAUAGGAAAUAUUUGUUGUCUUAAAGGGGAAGGUGUUACAGGCUUUGGUUUUUCCAUUUAUGUUUUGAGGUAGGACUUUAGCACGUAGGAUGCACUGACUGGUGUCACCUCGUUAGUCAGUAUGUGUUACACCUGUGCUGGCUUGUCCAUCUCGUUAGUGUGAAGGUGUUUCACCUGAGCUGGUCCAGGUUCUAUUUAAGAGUGUCUGGCUCAGUGCUCCAGUUGUCUUAAUAGAUGUGGAGAGUCAACUCCUUUUAGUUGCUCCACCUUUUUGGUUUGCUUCCUGUCUUUAAGUUUGGUGUGGGUUUUUCUUUUGUUUGACUCUUCUUGGGCAGAUUUAGUGGGUCUCAUGGUGGGUGUCUUUUAGGUCCCAGUUGUUGUUACUAGUCAACUUUCAGUGGACACCCCCAUAGUGUCUAUCAGAACCCCUCCUACAAAACAAGCUUGUAAUUUGGUUGGAUAAUUUAAUAUUUUAAUCAAUGGCAUUUCCUUAGCAUGCUCAUUAGUCUUUAAGUUAUUAUUGUUUUUUAGUCUCAUUUAGGUCCCAGUUGAUGUUACCAGUCAAUUUUCAGUUGAUGCCCCCGUAGUGUCUUUUAGAGCCUCUCCUAAAAAACAAGUUAUAUUUUGGGUUGGAUAUAGCAUCCUAUUGUUAAUAUUUUAAUCAAUGGCAUUUCCUUUCAAUGCUCAUUAGUCUUUCAGUUCUUUUUUUAAUUUUCUUUAUUUUUUCCUGUGAAGCCAUUGUGUUGCAUCCAUGUCUGAAAUGUGCUGUAUAAAUAAAUCUUGAUUUGAACAUGUUGCUAAACAAAUUAACCCAAUGACUGACCAAUCAACAGACUCUUUGUCCAUCUUAGUAUGAAAAACAGUAUCAAUCCCACUUUUCAAGCCUGCUGAAGGCGUGGUGGAGUGGUAAACACCACCCCCGGCUCUACCAGGGGCUUGAGGUGGUCUCCCACAGCUCUGCUUAUGUCAUGUUUUGUGGUCUUGCUGUUCCAUUUCUUGACUGUCCCUGCAACACAGAAACACAUUUAGUCAUAUUAUAUAAAACACUCAAAGUAAUGGAUAUGGAGCAUCUAUGGCCUAAGUUACACCUGGCACCUAAAUGUGACUUCUGUCAUCUGAUCACUCCAAGCUGUAUUAGGUCUGGAUGCACUAAAGUCACAAUGUGAUCGCAUUAAGUUUAGAUCUGCCAGGAUGGGCAUUGUGUUUGGAAUUUGAGCCAGGCCACUGAAUAUGCAUAAGCAAUGUAAAGAGAUGGGGUGAAUCAGUGGGGGAAAGUACAUUCUACACAAAUUACCUUCAAAAUAUCAAAGAACAAAUGUGUGUGCCUGAGGGGAAAUGUACUUUCAUAUAGCCAAAAGGGGUGGGAAAUUACACCAAUAUCAGUGGACAAUUUGCACUAAUGUAAAUUAACAUGGAUGAUCAUCUAAACCAUGUGUGACCUCUCACCUCUCUGGCUGUAGAAGUGUUCUUCAUAACCAGUCCCUCAACAGCUCUCUGACUGAGCUCCACC